AUGGACUCAAACGAAGAGCUUGUUCAGCAGCUUGAGGCCUACUUGCAAGAUGCAGAUCGAGUGCAUAUAAAAAUUCAGAAGGGAUAUCUCGGGAGCGAGGAGUCUGGUAACUCCCAAGAGACAGAGAAACUGAGGACAACCUUCUUUGCAGUUCCCAUGGAAGUUAGAGGCCCCUUCCUCGUGCUGCUCGUGAGGGAAAGCCCCCGGGACCUGAGAUGGCUGGCCACCCGACGGGCAGCAGGUGGCGCUGCUGGUCCUCAGGCCCUGUUCUUCUGGGCCAUGCACAUCACGGAGACUCUGCACCAGAACUUGCAGGUGCUGUUCUGCACCCAGGCCAAGACUGAGGAGCAGCAGCCCUACCUGCCCGACUCAGCCAUGUGGCGUGGGAGCUGCUGUCUGGUCCGGUACCAGCUGGGCGAUUGUGGGUGGGCCUGGAACAGGUGCUGGGUAGUGGACACGGUGGCUACCUGGGCCGUGGUCAUGGUCAUCGACUGCAGCUGGGCGGCUACCAUCCUGGCAGAAUCCCUGCGCAGCCUGGAUAGUGAUGACUUAGGGACCGUCCCGCCUCUGGCUCAGCCAUUCAUUCUGGAGAAAGGCAUUUUGAAUUCAAAUCAGGUGAUCUAUCACAUCCUCAAUGGGAACAUCACUGGUGCUUUAAACUUGGAGUUGCACACCCUCAAGUUUGAAGAGUUUAAAUAA